ACUGUGCUGCGAAACCAUCGACCAUCUCUGAAAAAUGUCUGCCGCAUCCUAAACGUUUUGCAAAAGAACCGGAAAAUUGUUAAAAAUCAACAAAAAGUGUUAUAAACUAGUGAAAUAGGAGUGUCGCACACAAUUAAGCGAUGUCUAUACCGCCGUAUAUGAUACCGCCGAAUGCGUGGGCGGCCCAAUUGAUGGCCCAGCAGCAAGCGUUUGCCCAUGCACAGCAGGCCCAACUGCAUGCGCAGCAGCAGAUGGCCAACCAGAUACAGCAAAUACCUCCGCCGGGUGCGCCUUUACCUCCGUCGGGUCACGGGUCGGCCAAUGGCAUGGCAGCGCCAACAGCGGGCGUGCCACAGCCGCAGUUGGGUCAAAUACCCACACCGAAACCGGAUAUUCUCACCGAGGAGAAGCUGCAGGAGAAAGCGCUCAAGUGGCAGCAUUUACAGUCAAAGCGUUUUGCAGAGAAACGCAAAUUCGGCUUUGUAGAUACACAAAAGGAGGACAUGCCGCCAGAGCAUAUCCGCAAGAUUAUACGCGAUCACGGAGAUAUGACAUCCCGGAAGUAUCGUCACGAUAAGCGCGUCUAUCUGGGCGCCCUUAAGUACAUGCCACAUGCUGUGCUGAAGCUGCUCGAGAACAUGCCCAUGCCAUGGGAACAGAUUCGGGACGUACAGGUGUUGUAUCACAUAACAGGCGCUAUAACCUUUGUGAAUGAAAUACCCUGGGUCAUUGAGCCGGUCUACAUUGCUCAGUGGGGUACCAUGUGGAUUAUGAUGCGGCGCGAGAAACGCGAUCGUCGUCAUUUCAAGCGUAUGCGUUUCCCGCCCUUCGAUGAUGAAGAACCGCCGUUGGAUUAUGCGGACAACGUUCUGGAUGUCGAGCCACUGGAGGCCAUACAAAUAGAGCUGGACAACGAUGAAGACAAUGCCGUCUACAAAUGGUUCUACGAUCAUCGGCCACUGGUCGAUACACAAUUUGUCAACGGUUCCACCUACCGCAAGUGGAACCUUUCGUUGCCACAGCUGGCAACGCUCUAUCGUCUGGCCAACCAGCUGCUCACGGAUUUGGUGGACAAUAACUUCUUUUACCUAUUUGAUCCCAAGAGUUUCUUCACCGCAAAAGCACUUAAUAUGGCCAUACCCGGAGGACCAAAGUUUGAGCCGCUUAUUAAAGAUCAUAAUGUUGGUGACGAGGACUGGAACGAGUUUAAUGACAUAAACAAAGUUAUUAUAAGACAGCCCAUUCGUACCGAAUAUCGUAUUGCUUUUCCGUAUCUAUAUAACAAUAUGCCACAUUUUGUGCAUCUCAGCUGGUAUCAUACACCCAACGUGGUCUACAUUAAGACCGAAGAUCCCGAUUUGCCAGCAUUUUACUUUGAUCCACUUAUCAAUCCAAUUUCGCAUCGCAAUGUUAAUUCGAAAAUUCAGGAACCCAUGCCUGAUGAUGAUGAGGACUUUACUCUGCCAGAUGAUGUGCAGCCUUUUCUUCAGGAUACUCCGCUUUAUACAGAUAAUACGGCUAAUGGUAUUGCACUGUUGUGGGCACCGCGUCCGUUUAAUAUGCGUUCCGGUCGCUCUCGUCGUGCCAUCGAUGUGCCGCUGGUCAAGUGCUGGUACAAGGAGCAUUGCCCACCCGGACAUCCGGUUAAAGUGCGCGUGAGCUAUCAAAAGUUGCUUAAAUACUAUGUGCUCAAUGCUCUUAAGCAUCGCAAACCAAAGCCACAGAAGAAGCGUUACUUGUUCCGUUCGUUUAAGGCGACCAAGUUCUUCCAGACAACCACGCUGGAUUGGGUCGAGGCUGGUUUGCAAGUGUGUCGCCAGGGUUAUAAUAUGCUCAAUUUGCUGAUCCAUCGAAAGAAUCUGAACUAUCUGCACUUGGACUACAAUUUCAACUUGAAGCCAGUCAAGACUCUGACCACCAAGGAGCGUAAAAAGUCACGUUUCGGCAAUGCUUUCCAUUUGUGCCGUGAGAUUCUUCGCUUGACCAAGUUGAUAAUUGAUUCCCAUGUGCAGUAUCGAUUGAACAAUGUGGAUGCCUUCCAGUUGGCGGAUGGUCUACAGUAUAUAUUUGCACAUGUUGGUCAGUUAACCGGCAUGUAUCGUUACAAGUACAAGCUGAUGAGACAGAUACGAAUGUGCAAGGACUUGAAGCAUUUGAUCUACUAUCGAUUUAACACGGGUCCAGUCGGCAAGGGUCCGGGCUGUGGCUUCUGGGCGCCAGGCUGGCGUGUUUGGCUGUUCUUUAUGCGCGGCAUAACGCCACUGCUGGAACGCUGGCUGGGCAACUUGCUGUCGCGUCAAUUUGAGGGACGACACUCCAAGGGCGUGGCCAAGACGGUGACAAAGCAGCGUGUGGAAUCGCAUUUCGAUUUGGAACUGCGUGCCUCUGUUAUGCACGAUAUUGUGGACAUGAUGCCCGAGGGCAUCAAGCAAAACAAGGCACGUACCAUCCUCCAGCAUCUGUCUGAGGCGUGGCGUUGCUGGAAGGCUAACAUCCCAUGGAAGGUGCCCGGCUUACCGAUACCCAUUGAAAACAUGAUUCUGCGCUAUGUUAAAAUGAAGGCCGAUUGGUGGACGAACACGGCGCAUUAUAAUCGCGAGCGUAUAAGACGUGGCGCCACCGUGGACAAGACGGUGUGCAAAAAGAAUUUGGGACGCUUGACGCGUUUAUAUUUGAAGGCUGAGCAGGAGAGACAGCACAAUUACCUCAAGGAUGGACCCUACAUAUCGCCCGAAGAGGCUGUCGCCAUAUACACCACAACAGUGCAUUGGUUGGAGUCGCGUCGCUUUGCGCCUAUUCCCUUUCCGCCACUCUCCUAUAAGCAUGACACCAAGCUAUUGAUUCUCGCAUUGGAACGUCUCAAGGAGGCCUACAGUGUCAAGUCACGCCUGAAUCAAAGCCAGCGCGAGGAGCUGGGCUUAAUUGAACAGGCCUACGAUAAUCCGCACGAAGCGCUCUCUCGUAUCAAGCGUCAUCUGUUGACGCAACGCGCCUUCAAGGAGGUGGGCAUUGAGUUCAUGGACUUGUACAGCCAUUUAAUACCUGUGUAUGAGGUGGAGCCACUGGAGAAGAUUACAGACGCUUAUUUGGAUCAGUAUCUCUGGUACGAGGCUGACAAGCGUCGUCUGUUCCCACCAUGGAUCAAGCCCAGCGACACGGAACCACCACCACUACUUGCCUACAAGUGGUGCCAAGGCAUUAACAAUCUGCAGGAUGUCUGGGAUGUGGGUGAGGGCGAAUGCAAUGUGCUGUUGGAGUCGCGAUUUGAGAAACUCUACGAGAAGAUUGAUCUGACGCUGCUGAAUCGUCUGCUGCGUCUGAUUGUGGAUCAUAACAUUGCCGAUUACAUGACGGCCAAGAACAACGUGGUCAUCAACUAUAAGGACAUGAAUCAUACAAACAGCUAUGGCAUAAUACGUGGCUUACAGUUCUCAUCGUUCAUAACGCAGUACUAUGGACUUGUGUUGGAUCUGUUGGUGCUUGGCCUGCAUCGUUCCAGCGAAAUGGCUGGUCCACCGCAAAUGCCCAACGAUUUCCUAACAUUCCAGGACGCAGUUACGGAAAUAGCACAUCCCAUUCGACUAUACUGCCGUUAUGUGGAUCGCAUACAUUUGUUCUUUAGAUUUUCGGCUGAAGAGGCGCGUGAUCUGAUCCAGCGUUAUCUUACCGAACAUCCGGAUCCAAAUAAUGAGAACAUUGUGGGCUAUAACAACAAGAAGUGCUGGCCUCGGGAUGCACGCAUGCGCCUGAUGAAGCACGAUGUUAAUCUUGGACGUGCUGUGUUUUGGGACAUUAAGAAUCGUCUGCCUCGAUCGGUGACCACCAUUGGCUGGGAGAGCACAUUCGUCUCGGUUUAUUCCAAGGACAAUCCCAAUUUGCUGUUCAACAUGAGCGGCUUCGAGUGUCGCAUCUUGCCAAAGUGCCGCACUCAAAAUGAAGAGUUCACGCAUCGCGAUGGCGUUUGGAAUUUGCAGAAUGAAAUCACCAAAGAGCGUACGGCUCAGUGUUUCCUGCGUGUCGAUGAUGAAUCCCUGGGACGUUUCCAUAAUCGUGUACGUCAAAUUCUAAUGGCAUCCGGAUCCACCACAUUCACAAAGAUUGUCAACAAAUGGAAUACUGCGCUCAUUGGUCUGAUGACUUAUUUCCGAGAGGCUGUAGUCAACACUCAAGAGCUGUUGGAUCUGCUGGUCAAGUGCGAGAAUAAGAUUCAAACACGUAUCAAGAUUGGCUUGAAUUCCAAAAUGCCUUCGCGUUUCCCGCCCGUUGUCUUCUAUACUCCCAAAGAGCUGGGCGGCUUGGGCAUGUUGAGCAUGGGUCAUGUGCUCAUUCCACAAUCUGAUUUGCGCUGGUCCAAGCAAACCGAUGUGGGCAUUACGCAUUUCCGUUCCGGCAUGUCGCAUGACGAGGAUCAGCUUAUACCCAAUCUGUAUCGAUACAUUCAACCGUGGGAGAGUGAGUUCAUUGACUCGCAGCGUGUCUGGGCUGAAUAUGCGCUGAAGCGUCAGGAGGCAAAUGCACAGAAUCGUCGCCUCACCCUGGAGGACUUGGAGGACAGCUGGGAUCGUGGUAUACCUCGCAUCAAUACGCUCUUCCAGAAGGAUCGGCAUACUCUGGCCUAUGACAAGGGCUGGCGCAUACGAACCGAGUUCAAGCAGUAUCAGGUGCUCAAGCAGAAUCCCUUCUGGUGGACACAUCAGCGACACGAUGGCAAACUCUGGAAUUUGAACAACUAUCGCACGGAUAUGAUACAGGCGCUGGGCGGCGUUGAGGGUAUUCUGGAGCAUACACUGUUUAAGGGCACGUACUUCCCCACGUGGGAGGGUUUGUUCUGGGAGAAGGCGUCUGGCUUUGAGGAGUCCAUGAAGUACAAGAAGCUGACAAAUGCACAGCGCUCUGGUCUCAAUCAGAUACCCAAUCGUCGUUUCACACUCUGGUGGUCGCCAACAAUCAAUCGUGCCAACGUCUAUGUGGGCUUCCAGGUGCAGUUGGAUCUGACGGGUAUUUUCAUGCAUGGCAAGAUUCCAACACUGAAGAUAUCGUUGAUUCAAAUCUUUCGUGCUCACUUGUGGCAAAAGAUACACGAGUCCAUUGUGAUGGAUUUGUGUCAAGUGUUUGAUCAGGAAUUGGACGCCCUCGAGAUUGAGACAGUGCAAAAGGAAACGAUUCAUCCGCGUAAAUCAUACAAAAUGAACUCAUCCUGUGCGGAUAUUCUGCUCUUCCCCGCCUACAAAUGGAAUGUGUCGCGUCCAUCGCUGCUGGCGGACACCAAAGACACCAUGGACAACACAACGACCCAGAAAUAUUGGCUGGACAUACAGUUACGUUGGGGUGAUUACGAUUCUCAUGACGUGGAACGUUAUGCCCGAGCCAAGUUCCUCGAUUAUACCACAGAUAACAUGUCCAUUUAUCCAUCGCCCACUGGUGUCCUAAUCGCCAUCGAUUUGGCCUACAAUCUGCACUCGGCAUAUGGCAAUUGGUUCCCGGGCUGCAAAACGCUGAUACAACAGGCCAUGGCCAAGAUCAUGAAGGCCAAUCCGGCGCUUUAUGUGCUCCGCGAGCGCAUUCGCAAGGCUCUGCAAUUGUACUCCUCAGAGCCAACGGAACCUUACCUCAGCUCCCAGAAUUACGGAGAACUGUUUUCGAAUCAAAUCAUUUGGUUUGUGGAUGAUACGAAUGUGUAUCGUGUGACCAUUCACAAGACCUUUGAGGGUAAUUUGACCACGAAGCCCAUUAACGGUGCAAUCUUUAUAUUCAAUCCUCGCACCGGACAGUUGUUCCUCAAGAUUAUUCACACCUCCGUGUGGGCGGGUCAGAAACGUUUGGGACAAUUGGCCAAAUGGAAAACGGCUGAGGAAGUUGCGGCACUUAUUCGCUCGCUGCCAGUGGAGGAGCAGCCCAAACAGAUUAUUGUCACACGGAAGGGCAUGUUGGAUCCUCUUGAGGUGCAUUUACUUGACUUUCCCAACAUUGUCAUCAAGGGAUCUGAGUUGCAGCUACCCUUCCAGGCCUGUCUCAAAGUGGAGAAGUUUGGUGAUCUGAUUCUUAAGGCCACAGAGCCCCAAAUGGUGCUGUUCAAUCUGUACGACGACUGGCUAAAGACAAUAUCAUCAUACACAGCCUUCAGUCGUCUCAUUCUGAUACUGCGUGCAUUGCAUGUCAACACGGAGCGUACGAAGAUCAUCUUGAAGCCAGACAAAACAACCAUAACGGAGGCUCAUCACAUUUGGCCAACAUUGACGGACGAGGAAUGGAUCAAGGUGGAAGUGCAGCUGAAGGAUCUCAUUCUCGCCGAUUAUGGCAAGAAGAACAAUGUGAAUGUUGCCUCGCUGACACAGUCCGAAAUCCGUGACAUUAUACUCGGCAUGGAGAUUAGCGCACCGUCCGCACAGCGUCAACAGAUUGCCGAGAUCGAGAAGCAGACCAAGGAACAGAAUCAAUUGACGGCCACCACGACGCGCACAACGAAUAAGCACGGUGACGAGAUUAUCACCUCGACCACGUCCAACUACGAGACGCAAACAUUCAGCUCGAAGACAGAGUGGCGAGUUCGUGCCAUUUCCGCCACGAAUCUGCAUCUGCGCACGAACCACAUCUACGUGAGCUCCGAUGACAUCAAGGAGACCGGCUACACUUACAUUCUGCCCAAGAACAUUUUAAAGAAGUUUGUUACCAUAUCCGAUUUGCGCGCUCAAAUUGCUGGCUAUUUGUACGGCGUCAGUCCGCCGGAUAAUCCUCAGGUGAAGGAGAUUCGUUGCAUUGUUAUGCCGCCACAGUGGGGCACACAUCAGACGAUCAAUUUACCGAACACACUGCCCACACAUCAGUACCUCAAGGAUAUGGAACCAUUGGGUUGGAUACACACGCAACCGAACGAAUUGCCGCAGCUAUCUCCGCAGGAUAUCACCACACAUGCCAAGAUCAUGCAGGAGAAUUCGAAUUGGGAUGGCGAAAAGACAAUUGUCAUCACCUGCUCAUUCACACCUGGCUCCUGUUCCCUGACCGCCUACAAACUGACGCCGUCCGGCUUCGAAUGGGGCUCCAAGAACACCGACAAGGGCAACAAUCCCAAAGGUUAUCUGCCAUCGCAUUAUGAGCGCGUACAAAUGUUGCUGUCGAAUAAGUUCCUUGGCUUCUUCAUGGUGCCGGCGCAGAGCAGUUGGAAUUACAAUUUCAUGGGCGUGCGUCAUGAUCCCAAUAUGAAGUACGAACUGCAGUUGGCCAAUCCAAAGGAAUUCUAUCAUGAACUGCAUCGCACAUCGCAUUUCCUGCUCUUCUCAAAUCUUGAGGAUGGCGGCGAUGGCGCCGGUGCUGAUCGUGAGGAUGUCUAUGCGUAAUCCAACAUUUUGUACAAUUUUCAAAACUUAUACUUAGUUGCAGACAAACAGUUUUUAUAAUCAAGAAACGUGUGUGGGAAAGAAAGUCUUUGUCGUCGUCGUUUACAAAUAAAGCCUUCAAUUAAUUUUCAUAUAA